AUGGAUGUCGAGCAUCAAAACCAGACAGCUACACCACCCUUGAUGUUUGGUGAUGCUGAUAAUCACUGUGACGACCUUUACGAGCAGGUAAUGGUUCGUUAUGAGUUGACUCGAGAUAAGAUCGAGACUCUUCUGCCAUGCACAUCCUUCCAACUUGAUGUUAUGGAUUGUGCUGCUACUAACGGGAAACGCGCCAUUGGCCAUGUCAUUUACGAGAUCCCAAGAAGCGUUGAUACCCAGCGGCUGGCCGCAGCCUGGAAGGAGGUUGUUCGCCAGACGCCGGCCUUAAGGACAUGCAUAUACACAUCAAAAGCCGGAGAUUCUUUCCAGGUUGUGCUAGCAGAGAGCUUCAUUUCGUGGAUGCAUUCUACAUACAUGGAUACGCAAGAGGCUAUUAUACAAGAUGAAACAGCUAUUGCUAUGAUGGGGCCGCGCUGCAAUCGAUACGUCGUUGUCGAUGACCUUGAAAAAAGCCAAAGACUGCUCAUCUGGACAUUUAACUAUGCUCUACUUGAUAGUAGCUUACAACAACGAGUCCUUCAACGGGUUCUCACGGCCUACGAGGGCGGGAAAAUCCAAUACUCCAACUGGCUUGAAACGUCAGUGAGCCUUCAAGCUGGGAACUCGGAACGCGCGGCUCGGUUCUGGCAACAACAUUUUGAUAGCUUGGAUGCCUCUGUAUUUCCUCCUCUGCCUUCUCAUCUGGCGAUGCCAAAUCCCAAUUCAUUUGCAGAGCACCGUAUCUCAUAUUUGGGCCCAGCUCAACAAAAGUGGCCCGCCACUAUCGUCUGCCGAGCCGCGCUUGCGGCUCUCCUAUCUCGUUUCGCGCACUCUUCAGAGGCACUUUUUGGUGUUGUGAUGAAGCGGUCUCACAAACCUGAAGAGCAAGUCGAGGGCCUGACACAAACAGUAGUACCCAUACGCGUGCAUUGCGCUCUUAACCAAUCUGCACUGGAAGUCAUAGAGGCAAUCACUGCCCACGACCAUGCAAUGCACGAGUUUGGACAGGCUGGUCUCCGCAGCAUCCGCUGCAUUGGUGAUAAUGAGUCUGCCGCCUGUGACUUCCAGACGGUCCUUCUGGUCACUGAUAGUGAUGCUCCGCAACCACCUAGUUGCGAGAUUCUUCAAAUCAUAGAAGAAUCGAAUAAGUUUGGGCCCUGCGCCAAUCGUGCCCUUCUACUCAGCUGCCAGAUGGCUAGUGACUCGGCGUUGCUGGUGGCACAUUACGACCAGAGUGUGAUUGAUGCUCCUCAAAUGAAUCGUUUCUUGAGGCAGUUAGGAUCCUUCAUUCAGCAAUUUCAACAGAGUGUGGAACAUUAUCCUCUAGUGAGACACCUGGAUGCCGUAACGGAAGAGGACCAGGCAGAGAUCGCGGCCUGGAACUCUGAACGCUUACAGACACAAGAUGCCUUGAUCCACGAUGUGAUAUUCAAGAGGACUGCCAACGCCACAGAUAGUACAGCAGUUUCUGCGUGGGAUGGAGAGUGGACUUACUCUGAGCUCGACAGUGUAUCAUCGCGUCUCGCCGCAUACAUCCAAUCUCUCGACCUAGGCCAAGCACAGGCAAUCUUGCCACUCUGCUUUGAGAAGUCAAAAUGGAUCAUAGCUAGCAUACUUGCUGUACUUAAAGCUGGUCGGGCCUUUACACUCAUCGACCCAUGCGAUCCGCCGGCAAGGAUGGUCCAGGUCUGUCGACAAACUGGCGCAAAAGUCGCUCUCACCUCCGGACUUCACAGCAGAACUUUAAGCACUGCCAUUGACCGCUGUAUUGUGAUCAACGAGGAUCUUCUUCAAUCACUGUCCCGCAAUGAAGAUCAGCUGAAACCAACGGUGAAGCCGCAAGACUUGGCCUAUUGCAUUUUUACGUCUGGAAGCACAGGGGAACCAAAAGGCAUAAUGAUUGAACAUUGUGGAUUUGUGUCCUGCGCUAUUAAAUUUGGCCCCGCGUUGGGAAUCAAUCCCCAUACCCGCGCUCUUCAAUUCGCGUCGUACGCGUUUGGUGCGUGCCUAGUGGAAAUCGUGACGGUUCUGAUGCAUGGCGGCUGCGUCUGUAUUCCUUCCGAUGACGAUCGAAUGAAUAAUGUCCCAGAUUUCAUCAGAAGAAGCAAUAUCAACUGGGUUAUACUGACUCCUUCGUAUAUUGGCACGCUUCAACCUGAAAACGUCUCCGGGCUGCAAACACUGGUGUUGGUUGGGGAACCGAUAUCCGCAUCUAUCAGAGAUAUCUGGGCCCCUCGAGUUCAGCUCUUGCACGCUUACGGCCAGAGUGAGAGCUCAACUAUAUGCAGCGUUACAAGAGUCACUCCAUUCACCCUUGAGCCGAACAAUAUUGGUCGCGCCGUGGGCGCUCGAUCUUGGAUCGUUGAUCCAAAUGAUACCACUAAGCUUGCUCCAAUUGGUUGCGUUGGCGAGCUGGUAAUUGAAAGUCCAGGAAUAGCGCGCGAGUAUAUCCUUGCUCUACCGCCGGAUGAGUCGCCUUUCUUCGUGACGACUCCAGCCUGGUAUCCUUCUGGGCAACUCUCUGGUGCCUUCAAAUUCUACAGAACCGGAGAUCUCGUCCGCUAUAGAUCUGACGGCACUGUUGUCUGUCUUGGACGCAAAGAUUCGCAGGUUAAAAUUCGAGGGCAACGUGUGGAAAUCAGCGAAGUGGAAGCCCGCCUGCGACAACAGCUACCCAGUCACAUCAUGCCCGUGGCUGAAGCUGUCAGAACGUCGGAGCUUUCCAGUGGCAAAACUUUGAUUGCAUUUUUGAUAGGAUCGUCGUGCGACGAAGAGAACAGCGUCUUUGUUGCGCCUCUAGCAGAUACUCACAUCCUCGAUCACAGUGCUACGAAAAAGAUAAACGUGACGUUGCGGCAGGUUCUUCCCCAGUAUUCAGUUCCAUCUUACUAUAUUGGCAUGAGAACUUUGCCUCGUACAGCCACUGGGAAGGCAGAUAGAAAAAAACUUCGGUCUAUUGCUGGCAAACAAUUGAGCCAGCUGGCUCAAAAUAUCAUCUCUCAGCCCAGAGAACAGUCUGGGCCACCGGCAACUAUGACGGAGGUAAAACUCAGAGAGCUUUGGUACCGAGGCUUAAACGUCGACUUCAAUCCCAAAAACGACGGAGCAAGCUUCUUUGAGCUGGGCGGAGAUUCUAUUGCUGCGAUCAGGAUGGUGAAUAUGGCUAGGCUCGCCGGCAUAUCCCUAAAAGUCUCCGACAUAUUCCAAAACCCUACGUUUGCCGAUCUCCUAGAUGUAAUCGGACAAGAUUCGACGCCGUAUGUUUCUAUUCCACGUACCACCUAUGCCAAACCUGUGGAACAGUCAUUUGCUCAAGGCCGCCUAUGGUUCUUGGACCAGCUAGAACUCGGCGCUUCGUGGUAUUUAUUACCAUACGCCGUUCGCAUGCGUGGGCCGCUGCAAAUCGACGCGCUCAGAGUUGCUCUGCUAGCCCUAGAACAGCGGCACGAAACUCUACGGACAACGUUUGAGGAACAGGACGGUGUUGGGUUUCAAGUCGUCCAUGCAAGCAUCUUUCAGGAGCUGAAGAUGGUGGACUUGUCAGCCGGCGAUCAAAACGAAAGCUAUCUGCAGCUGCUACAACAAGAGCAGACGACUCCAUUUGAUCUCACAUCCGAAGCGGGAUGGAGGGUAUCACUCAUACAGCUUGGGGAAAACGACCAUGUGCUUUCCAUUGUCAUGCAUCAUAUAAUCUCCGACGGCUGGUCUACUGACAUUUUACGUCGCGAACUGGCCCAGUUUUAUGCCGCCGCUCUCCUGGAUCAUGACCCUCUGUCGAUGGUGAAACCCCUCCCAAUCAAUUAUCGCGAUUUUUCAGCGUGGCAAAAGCAGCAAGAGCAAGUGGCCCAACACCAAAAACAGUUGGAAUACUGGACCGACCAGCUCGAGAACAGCUCUCCAGCAGAAUUCCCAACUGAUUUCCCCCGGCCAGCUAUACUGUCCGGCAAGGCAGGCUACGUGCCUGUUACCAUCGAGGGCGAUCUGUAUAUGAAUCUUCGAGAAUUCUGUCGGGUGAAGCAAAUGACUCCCUUUACCGUGCUACUGGCGGCAUUUCGAGCCGCCCAUUAUCGACUUACUGGGACUGAAGACGCUGUCAUUGGCACACCCAUCGCUAACCGCAACCGGCGGGAGAUUGAGAAUAUCAUCGGCUUCUUCGUCAAUACUCAGUGUAUGCGAAUUACUGUUGACGACAACGAGACAUUUGAAAGCCUAGUACGACAGGUCCGGCUGACGACGACAGCAGCGUUUGAGCACCAGGAUGUCCCCUUUGACCGCGUCGUUUCGGGACUACUACCUGGUUCGAGGGACUUGUCUCGGAACCCGCUGGCACAGCUUAUGUUUGCAGUCCAUUCUCAACAAGACUUUGGCAAUUUCGAAUUAGAGGGCCUCGAAGCAGAACCCCUGUUGAACCAGGUCUAUACUAGAUUCGAUAUAGAGUUUCAUCUAUUUCAAGAGACAAACAAAUUAAAAGGCAAUUUAGUUUUCGCGGCAGAUCUAUUCAAACUUGAGAAUAUCCGCAAUGUAGCCAGCGUAUUCUUCGAGAUACUACGUCAAGGUCUCGCUAAGCCUCAUACCCCAAUUGCAGUUAUCCCGUUUACCGAUGGUAUCAUGCAACUACGCAGUAUGGGUCUACUUGAUAUCGAGAAGACCGGAUAUCCACGCGAUGCAAGCAUAAUUGACGUCUUCCGCACUCAAGUGAAUGCUUGCCCACACUCUUUUGCCAUUGUCGACUCGACAUCUCGACUCACCUACGCUGAGUUAGACCAUCAAUCCGACCAGAUCGCGAUUUGGCUUCACCAGCGUCGCAUGACACCUGAAACCUUGAUCGGGGUGCUAGCACCGCGCUCAUGCGAGACAGUUGUUGCUUUUUUCGGCAUUCUGAAAGCGAAUCUCGCAUAUCUACCACUAGACGUUAAUUCUCCUGCCGCUCGCCUAAAAGCGAUUCUAUCUACCUUGUCCCAGCACAAGCUAGUCCUACUCGGCUCUGAUGAGACUGCUCCGGAGAGUCAGCUACCUGGUCUGGAGUUUACAAGAAUCAGCGACAUAUUGAUGGAACGUCGUGAUGUGAAUGACAUGAUUCGCCAUGCAGAUCAAAACUCGCCGGGCCCAUCAGCGACAAGCCUUGCAUAUGUGAUCUUCACAUCCGGGUCAAGUGGCGAGCCUAAAGGCGUUAUGAUUGAGCAUCGAAGCGUUGUAAGACUUGUCAGGGAUACUGUGGUAACAUCCAGAUUCCCGGUCACGGUAAAAGUGGCACAUCUAUCCAACAUCGCUUUUGACGCCGCUACUUGGGAGAUUUUUGCGGCGCUCCUGAAUGGUGGAACACUGGUCUGUAUUGAUUAUAUGACCAUUCUAGACAGAAAGGAACUCGAGGCUGUGUUCGUUCGAGAACAAGUCAGCGCGGCCCUGUUUUCACCGGCAUUGCUUAAACAGUGUCUGGCCAGCAUUCCUUCGACAUUAACUGGGCUUAAGGUCCUUGUUAUAGGUGGUGAUAGGCUCGAUGGCCAGGAUGCAAUCGCCGCACAAGCACUUGUCCGGGCUGGCAUCUAUAACGCGUAUGGCCCGACGGAAAACGGAGUGAUCAGCACUGUUUAUACCAUCGACAAGAGCGACUCGUUCAUUAAUGGGGUCCCAAUUGGCAGGCCCAUAAGCAACUCUGGGGCCUAUAUCAUGGAUAGUUGUCGGCAGAUCGUCCCUAUCGGUGUCGUGGGAGAGCUUGUUGUCACCGGGGAUGGACUCGCUCGAGGAUACACCGAUCCAAGUCUAGAUACAGGCCGUUUUGUCCAAGUCGAAAUCGAUGGCCGCGUCGUGAGAGCAUAUCGAACUGGUGAUCGAGGGCGAUACCGCGCAGGAGAUGGCCAAAUUGAAUUCCUCGGGCGUAUGGACCGGCAAGUCAAGAUUCGAGGCCAUCGCAUUGAGCCAGCCGAAAUAGAACGUGCCAUCCUCAGUCAACACUCAGUCCGAGAUGCCGUCGUAGUCAUUCGGGAUCAUGAGAGCCAAGAGCAAGACAUGGUGGGUUUUGCUGUUGUGACCCAGGAAAUCGACCACACGGCCGAAAAAGAGGAAGCUGGCAGCCAAGUCGACGGAUGGAAGGACUUUUUCGAAAGCAACACCUAUGCCGAUAUUGAUACCAUCGGUCAAUCUGCUAUUGGCAAUGAUUUCAAGGGCUGGACGUCUAUGUACGACGGAAAUGAGAUUGACAAGACUGAGAUGCACGCGUGGCUUGACGACACCAUGCACACGCUUCUUGAUGGCCAGGCACCAGGCCACGUACUCGAGAUUGGCACUGGUAGCGGCAUGAUCUUGUUCAAUCUUGGCGCUGGGCUGCAAAGCUACGUAGGGCUUGAACCAUCAAAGUCAGCGGCCACGUUUGUUACCAAGGUGAUCAAGUCCAUACCAGCUCUCGAUGGAAGAGCCAAAGUACACGUCGGUUCAGCGACAGACGUAGGUCAACUGGGUGAAAUCCAUCCAGAAUUGGUCGUACUCAACUCGGUAGUUCAGUAUUUUCCCUCGUCUGAAUACUUAGAACAGCUUGUGGACACUCUAGUUAGAAUGCCGGGCGUCAAACGAAUCUUCUUUGGUGACAUACGAUCGCUCGCAACAAACAAACAUUUUCUCGCCGCUCGAGCGUUGCAUGCAUUGGGCGACAAGUCGACUAAAGUCGCUGUACGGCAAAAGAUGACGGAAAUGGAAGAACGUGAAGAAGAGCUGCUUGUUGACCCGGCCUUCUUUACGAUGCUUGGAAAGCGACAUCCCAAUCACAUCAGGCACGUUGAGAUCCUUCCGAAGAAGAUGCAGGCCUCAAACGAGCUCAGUGCAUACCGGUAUGCGGCAAUAAUACACAUGCAUGGCUCAGAGGAGCACUACCUGUCUAUGUAUCAGAUCAACCUGAAUGAAUGGAUCGACUUUCAAGAAUCACGCAUGAACCAACAUACUCUUCUCAGCCUCUUGAAGGACUCGACAGAUGCUCUGACCGUUGCUGUUGGCAAUAUCCCGUAUAGCAAAACGAUUUUAGAGCGACAUCUAGUUGACUCUCUCGACGCAGAAUUUGGAGAGAGUGAGGCUCAAAAUCUGCGGGAUGGCGCCGCCUGGAUCUCAGCCGUCCGUGCUGACGCCGAAAGCUGCUCAUCCCUCUCUGCGACAGAUCUUGUGCGUCUUGGCCAAGAGGCCGGCUUUCGUGUUGAGGUCAGUGCAGCACGGCAAUGGUCUCAAAGUGGCGCACUGGAUGCUGUCUUCCACCGCUAUGAGUUACGUGCCCAAAAGGGGGGGCGUGCUCUGAUCCGCUUCCCGACUGAUAACCAAGUUCAAAGAUUGGCCAGUCUUACGAACCGGCCGCUACGGAGGCUGCAGAGUCGUCGAGUUGCAUCACAGAUUCGCGAGCAGCUGCAGUCACUGCUACCAUCGUACAUGGUCCCGUCUCACAUUGUGGUGAUAGACCAGAUGCCUCUCAAUGCCAAUGGCAAGGUUGACAGAAAAGAUCUUGCGCGAAGAGCUCAAGGAGUAGUUCAGAAACCACGGGAAAAGGUUCAACAGGUGCUUCCACUCAACGAAAUAGAGGUCGUACUGUGUGAAGAAUUUGCAGAGAUAUUCGGUAUUCAAGUCGGCAUCACAGAUCACUUCUUCAAACUUGGCGGCCACUCUCUCUUGGCAACAAAACUCACUGCGCGUAUCGGCCGUCGGCUGGAUACCCGCGUAUCUGUGAAGGACAUAUUUGAUCAGCCUGUCAUUGCUGAUCUCGCAGCUACCAUACGCCGGGAAUUAGCGUUACACAGCUCUACAACUAUAUCGUCGUACAGUGGACAUGGGAGGCAGAUGGUAUCUGCACGGAUAGCCCCCCGAAAUGAGAUGGAAACUGUCCUAUGCGAGGAAUUUUCUCAUGUGCUCGGCAUCGACGUUGGCAUUACCGAUCACUUCUUUGACCUUGGCGGACAUUCUCUGAUGGCCACAAAGCUCGCUUCCCGUAUCAGCCGCCGACUAAACACACCUGUAUCUGUCAAAGAUAUCUUUGACCAGCCAGUCCCCGUCCAUCUCGCGGCAAAGAUUGAGCUUGCUCAGUCAGCGGCCUACGAAGUGGCCAACGGUGUACAGACCGCUAGCAGCACUUCAUUCCAGCUACUUGCUCUGGAACAUCCGCUAACAUUCAUCGAAAAUGAAAUUUUACCUCAGCUUGGGUAUUCUCACUGUACAAUCCAAGACAUCUAUCCUGCUACGCAGAUGCAGCGACUCUUCCUCUUUAAUCCCACAACGGGCCAUCCACGAACGCCCACACCGUUUUACAUAGAUUUCCCGUCAGAUUCUGAUUGUCUACGUCUAGAGACGGCUUGUAAAUCUCUUGUCGAGCAUAUCGAUAUUUUCAGGACGAUAUUCUUGGAAGUGGCAGAUGAGCUCUAUCAAAUAGUCUUGAAGCAUCUUGAUCUGGCCAUUGAGAUGAUUGAAACAGAAGAAAAUAUCAACAGCGCAACCCGUGCAUUCCUGGAUAUGGAUCUAAAACAGCCUAUUCGCCUAGGACAACCGCUAAUACGUGUUACCAUUCUGAAGGCGCAAGCAUCGCCACUAAGAGUGAUACUCCGAAUGUCCCAUGCCUUGUAUGACGGUUUGAGUUUGGAGCACAUUGUACGCUCUCUUCAUGUUCUAUACAGCAGCGAAAAUCUUCCAACCUUGCCCCAGUUUUCUCAGUAUAUGCAGCAUAUAGCCGACAGCCGCAAAGAUGGUUAUGAUUUCUGGCGUUCUGUUCUGCAUAGUUCGACGAUGACUGUCAUUAAAGAUGUCAGCAGCAUUACUCACCAACAAGUCGUAUCCACUGGGACUUAUCACGCAUCAAAGGUCAUUAGCGUCCCUCUCCAGGCUAACGCAGACAACAGUAUCACACCCGCAACAGUUUUUACCACUGCCUGUGCUUUAAUGCUAUCAAAAGAAGCCAAGUCGAACGAUGUGGUCUUUGGUCGAAUUGUGUCCGGACGACAAAGCUUGCCUAUAACCUGCCAAAAUAUUAUUGGUCCUUGCACUAAUGAAAUACCAGUGCGCGCCUACAUACAACAGGAUACAGACCGGAAAAUACUGCUUCGCAAGAUGCAAGAUCAAUAUCUCAGUAGCUUGCCUUUCGAGACUCUAGGGUUCGACAACAUCAAGAAAAAUUGCACAGACUGGCCAAAAGCAAUCACAAACUAUAGUUGUUGCAUCGCAUACCAGAAUUUUGACUACCACCCUGAUAGUCAAAUAGAUGAACAGCGAGUUCAGAUAGGAGUUUUAUCGCAAGAGAUAGAUGUCACAAAAGAAGUGCCUUUGCACGAUCUAGUCAUAUCAGGAGAGGCUGAGCUCGACAGCCCUUACCUACAUAUUACUGUGGCUGCUAGCAGGCAAGUUUGUGAAGAGGGAAGGGUUACGCAUAUGCUCGGAGAGCUUUGCAAAGAGAUCAAUGCCCUAUAUCUGGCUUUGUGA